AUGUGGGGCGGCGGCGGCGGCGCCGGGGCGGCCCGAGCGCUCAGCCGCGCCCUGCGGCGCCGGCGGGCGGCGGGCGAUGGCCAUGCUGAUCUGUCUUUUCAGACAGGCCUGAGAAGUAUCCUUCAGGACUACAAUUGGAAAAUACAACUGAAAUCCAGUAGUACUCUGCCUGUCUCUCUGACUGAAAUGAAAAGCAGCACGCUCACUGCGAAGAGGCCUUUCAGCACUGCACACUCAUCAGUGGAUUCAGAGGAAAUAAAAAAAUUCCAGCUCCUCGCGCACAAGUGGUGGGAUGAAGAAGGAGAAUAUUCAGCCCUUCAUUCUAUGAAUGAUAUUAGAGUGCCAUUUAUUAGAGAUACUCUGUUGAGCAUGAGUCAUAAUUAUCAUCUGGGAAAUCCACUUUCUGGAGUAAAGAUUCUUGACGUUGGCUGUGGCGGAGGACUGCUAAGUGAGCCUUUAGCUAGACUGGGAGCUUCAGUUACUGGAAUUGAUCCUCUGGAGGACAACAUUAGAACAGCAGAUCGGCACAAGUCAUUUGAUCCAGUCCUGGCCAAGAGAAUACAGUACAAGUCCAGUUCACUGGAGGAGAUUGUGGAAGAGUCUAUGGAAACCUUUGAUGUAAUUGUAGCUUCUGAAGUAGUGGAGCAUGUGGCUGACCUUGAAACGUUUAUCAAGUGUUGUUCUCAGGUGUUAAAGCCUGAAGGUUCUUUAUUCAUUACGACAAUCAAUAGAACGCAGUUGUCCUAUGUCCUGGGAAUUGUGGUUGCAGAAAAGAUAAUGGGCAUUGUACCAGAAGGAACACACGAGUGGGAGAAGUUUGUUCCCCCUGAAGAGCUGGAGCACCUCCUGGAAUCAAAUGGCUUUUCAGUCAAGACUGUGAAUGGGAUGUUGUAUAAUCCGCUCUGGGGUUCGUGGAGCUGGAUGGAAAGCACAAGCCUUAACUACGCAGUGCACGCGGUGAAGUCUGGGGCUCAGGGACAGUCAGGCCCCACAGACGCCCCGGCAGAGACGGACAUUCAACAGCACUCAGCCACAGCUGGCACAGCUGGCACUGCCUCAGACAUCACUGUCUGAGAUUUGUGGUGAUGGACUGUCACCAGGACAGAAAAGAAGGUUUUACUCAGAUGGACAUAAUAAAACCUUUUCUAACAACAAGCUUCCUGUUUGCAUCAAUGAUACUUGUGCUAUUUUUGGCCAAAUAUUGUAGGGUAGUCUCAUUAUCUCAGGAACAACUGCCCAUUAUCUCAGGAAUCUUUCAAGAUUUAAAUGAUCAAAGCUUUUAAAGAGUAAGUAUUUUUUUAUGAGAAAAUAAGUUUCAAAUUGUUGGACAGGGAAAUGCAAAUUAUUCUGUCCGUAGCUUGGAGGAGGCUUCUGUAUGUGGAGGCAUUUUCAGUCCUACUGGGACUCAGAUCUUCAUAAAAUAAUAGUGUAAAUGUAGAAUGAGUUAAAACCCACAAUGAUGUACAAUAAAUAAAAUGCAUUGGGUAUUUAAGAUACUCAGCUCUGUUAUGAUGCCUCAGAGCUUUUUAUUGAUUUUUAAACUUUUAUAGAUUUUAGAAGCAGAUGUGUGGUGAAUGAAGAUUUUAAUGCAGCUGUAUUACAUCCCAAAGUCAAGUAAAUUUGAAAAUCUUCUUGCUUUCAUCUUUUAAUGAUUAUGGAUCCAUAGCUUCAGUGCUUACAUGAACAGUGAUGAUAGGAGGUGAAAAAGCAAUGUUACAGCAACCAGGCAUGCACACAGAACUAGGGGUGAGGCAAGAGGUUAUUCUUGCCAUGAGACUGGGAAAAAAUUGUAUUUGGGGCUUGCUCUUUACCAGUCUCUAUUGCUCGUUGUAGACUCUUGACUCUCCUGAUCACAGCCAUUUGUUUCUGCAACACAAAUCAAAGGAGCUGAUAUUGCAAAAAAUUCAACAGAGCAAACUAUGGUGUUCUGGGUGGUCUCAGCUCUUCAGCUGUGGUUUGGCUUGUCAUGUUGUUUCAUCUCUCCCAUAGUCCCAGUCCCAGCUCUUUGCCGAGACUAGUUCUUGUCUGAGGUGUAAAUAUGUAUGUAUGUAAAUAAGUAUGACAGCCUCAGAGGAGAUUUGCAUUUAAUCUUAUUUUUAAAUGAAAAUGCAACUUGAAGUUUCCGUGA